AUGGUGCGCAUCGGCAGUACUAAUAAGGUGUCCUCCAUCACCAAAGGCAAGCGAAAGAAAUGGGUGUUGUGUCGAGGGAUCGGUUUGGCGGCCACGUCGUUUGCAUUAAUGUUCUACGUGUCCUCCUUGACUCCGAUUCCAGCCAUUCCCAAACCACCACCGAUGCUGUUGUCCACUUUGAACACUACCAAGAUUACGACAGAUGUCCGUGGGAAUUUGGGACCCCCGGAAGUGAUGCUGCGUGGUGGUACCGACUGGUUGAAAGAUCGAUGGCAGGCCGCUAGUGACAUGCAUGGGACUGCCAUUCAAGGCCAUCAUCAAGUGAUGCUGUCGUUUCAUUUUCCAGUACAAGUCACGUCCAUUGUACUCGAUUGGGAAGCCGCCUAUUCCAAAGACUACUUGAUCGAAGCGGCCAUGAGCAAUCUCGUAUGGUACACUCUGCACGAUACAGCAGCAGCACAGCCAACAAAUGCCUUUGUCUUGGCGUCCGAAGGAACAUCGGGACAAAGUCCAGGAGUUAAAUCCAAAACUCCACUCCAUAUCAUGCAUACACUGGCCCAACGCAAUUCCACCAAUAGCAAUCUACAAUAUCCCAAAUUGCAAUAUUUGAGAUUGACCAUACGAAAAUCAGCCAUGGGAUGGGGUGUAUCUCUUUGGAGAGUGCAGGUUUUUGGCUGGCCGCUAUAA